AUGGGGCUAGCUUACAACACCUACCUGAAUAGCAGCAAGAUCUACGGCUGCAAGACAUGCAAGGCCCAUCUUGCUAACCAUGAGGAUAUCAUCAGCCGCAAUUUCCGCGGUCAACAUGGCAAGGCCUAUCUCUUUCACAACGUCGUCAAUAUCGAGACGGGUCCUCCGAACGAACGUAACAUGACGACCGGUCGACACGUAGUCCGUGAUAUUACAUGCCGUCAGUGCAAGGAGACCGUUGGAUGGAAGUAUGAUAAGGCUUACGAAUCUUCGGAGAAGUAUAAGGAGGGAAAGUUUAUUCUUGAGGCUGAGCUGCUAUGUAAUGUUACUUGA